AUGAACGUGAAGAAGCAGCUGUUAUCCCUGGCCCAUAUUGCCAUGGCUGGUGUGGGAUUUGUGCUGACCUGCAGCGGGGCCUACGUGUUGUCCCUGCAGACGGUGUACGGGUACAGCUGGAGGGUCAUCUUUGGCUACGGCCUGAUUGUGGCGGGCACCCUGGCUGUGCUCGUCGGUGUCUUCUGGUCCAUCUGCCACAGCAUAAAAAGCAAGAUGUACCGGGGAGGACAGCAUGAACAGCACAUCCAGGUCUACACUAUUGAAAGACCAAGGUCCUUCCCUCCAUCGUACGAGGAGUCCCAAGACACCCAGGUGUGUCGCCGUGCAGCCCCUGAGUCUGUGGUUCAUGGAGUGGAUGUGGUGAUGAGCCUUGCUCCUCCCCUGUACAGCCAGGACAGCUCAGAGUCUCCAGACUGCAGAUGGAGCUGGGAGCAGCCUCCUCGCUACAGUCAGGUACAGCGUAUCCAGCAAGAGGCGGAAGCAGACGGGAGCAGGGAAGCCUCGAAUGGAUGCUGGAGUAUUAACUGA